CAGUCGUGACGAUCACACAACACGCAGGACCACGCACAACUUUCUUGGCGCUGUCUCUGUGAUUGCUAAGUCAGGAUUUUAUAACGACGAUAAUUCGCGGUAGUAACUACGACCAUGGUUAGGACAUUCUUAUUCAUUUUGGCGAUCUUGAUCUGUGGUCAGACGACUUUCGGAUAUCCCAGUGUCACGUCAUCGUCGUUACAACAGCACAUGCAAAACUUCUGGCAACAUGAAUCGUAUUGGCAAAUACGACGAAAACUAUUGUUGAAUGAAAAGCAAGAGUCCUUAGGCGGUGAUCUGGAACUUAGUCCCAUCGAAGCCAAGGCCAAUGAUGUUCUAAUGAAGGCAAAAAAACGAGAAAUCUACGACGGUUUUAUAACCGGUAAUACCUUUUUGCCGUCGUUUAACUUUAUGGAAGUGAUAUCGAAGAUUGAGAAGUCUGAGGUGUUUAAGAUUCUGCACGAUAUGCCUAAAGGUGCUGUUCUCCACGCUCACGAAUCUGCCAUGGCCUCGUUCGACUACCGGUUUAACAAUUUGACUUAUCGCAAGAACCUAUACGUGUGCAAUAAGAAUGGCUCUGUGAAUCUCCAAUUUCUUAAGGAACCUAACAAUGAUUGCCACUGGGAAUUAUUGAGCAAUGUACGGAAAAAUCCGGCCCGGGCCAAAAAUAUUAAUGAAAAGAUCAAGCGAUCCAUGACCAUGAUUACGAAAAAUCCGAAAAUCAAAUACGAUACCGUCAACAAGGCAUGGGAGAAAUUCAAUAGUAUCUUUGGCUCAUUAGGUUACUUAUCACAUCGACCGGCAUAUGAGGAUCUCUUUUAUCGUAAUCUGCAGGAACUUUAUGAGGACAACGUGAUGUACGCGGAAAUUCGAACGACAUUAUCAACAUUGUAUGAUACCUAUGAUGGCAAGUCAUACGAAGCGUUGGAAAAAGCACAACUCCAGAAAGAUGUUGUUGAUAGGUUUAUGAAGGAUCAUCCCGAUUUCAUCGGCGUUAAAAUUAUAUACGCCCCAAAUCGUGCUGUUGAUCAGAAUAAAUUCGACUACUACCUGAAAACAUUGACGAAGUUAAAGCAACACUUACCAGACUUUUUAGCUGGCUUCGACUUGGUCGGCCAGGAAGAUAAAGGGAAACCCCUCACCGAAUUUGCAGACAAAUUGAAAAGCGUUGAUCCGAGCAUUCCAUUCUUCUUCCACGCCGGCGAGACCAACUGGAACGGGGAAUCUACCGAUUUGAAUCUCUUCGACGCUAUCUUGCUCAACACCAAACGCAUUGGCCAUGGAUACGCAUUAACAAAGCACCCGCUCCUAUGGAAGUUCGCGCAGCAAUCAAAUAUAGCGGUAGAAGUCUGUCCUAUCUCAAACCAGGUUCUUGGUCUUGUUGAGGACAUGCGGAAUCACCCUGCGGCUAGUUUGUUCGCAAAAGGAUCGCCAGUGGUAGUCUCCAACGAUGAUCCCGGCUUCUGGGGUGCCAAGGGAUUGACCUACGAUUUUUACGAAGCCUUUAUGGGUAUUAUGAGUGCUAAUUCAGAUCUCAGAAGUCUCAAGCAAUUGGCAAUGAAUUCGUUGAUCUAUAGCAGCAUGAACAAUGAAGAGAAAAAGGAAGCGUUGAGCCAAUGGCAAGUGAAGUGGGACGCCUACAUAUUUGAAUUAGCAAAAUCAGCCUGAUGACGACGAAUCAAAGCAACAGAUACGAAAACUUUUUUUUUAUGUUGAUGUAUAAACAAAAAUAAAAGAACAUUUUUAACAAAACAAC